UGGUGCUGGGUUCCUUACAAAUGCCCACCACACACACAUACACGCAGGAACUCUCUCCUCUGACCAUCCAUAUCCAUACAUAUAUAAAGACUUCGGCCUUCCUUUGUUUCCCACGAUAAUAAGAAAAUAUAUAAUCCCACCUACCACUUAUCAACCACCACCCCGCACAACUCCAAUCUCGCCCGCUAGACUCAACUCACCAACCUUAUCUCUAUCAGCUCUUCCCCACAACCCACAGAUAAGAGAAGACACACAUAGUACGAGCAUUACACGCCAGAUAGAGAAGACGGCCAGGAUCCAUUCAAUUUCCCCAUCCAGCAUUCCGUCUGCACCCGUCCGAUACUCGAUAAUCGAUAUCCGAUAGUCGAUAUCCCAGCUCCCCUUAUCAGAGUCAUAUCGGGAUCUUCUUAUAUAUCAACCCCCACGACCGUCCAAUCCUGUCGACUCUCUCACUUCAUACCACUCACCACCACACUACCAAACUCAACACACAACUGCCACAACCCAUCACCAACCAAGAGAACACUCUCACCAACAAACCCACCACCGCACAAACACCACCAACCCGCAACCCUGGCCCCCUCCUCAACCCUCACCUCCCCCCCCCCCCCCCCCACGCCACCCGCCCUUCCUCCCGCCAACCCCGCCGCAAAAGCUCCACGCACCGCCCAAUGCUUUUCCGUCGGAGCACGCAAGAGCGCGAGCGCCGCGGCCGCGCUGCGCGUUCGGCUGAGGAAGAGGAGUUCGCUGCGGAGGGUGGAGAUGAGGGGUUUUUGGAUUUCUGCACAUACUGCGACUCCCAGCUCCCAUCAACCCCACACCAAAACACCCUCUACUGCUCAGAACGCUGCCGUCAACUCGAUCACCCGGUGUCCACACAACACACUUUCCUCCCCUCAUCCCCGCCUCCAUCACCCUACCUCUCCCCCACCUACAACCACCCCGCCUCGCCUACCACAACCGCCAACCCCGGUCGGGACAUCAUCCCCCGUCUGUCUCCCACUCUCUCUUCCCCCUCCCUCUACACCCCACCGACUGCACUCGCAUCUCUCCGCUCGAUAUCCUCGGGGAUCGCGAGGAGGGCAGAACGCGAUCACCCGUCCCCGCCAGAGUCGUCGGAUGAAGACUCUGAUGGGAUUGUCUGGGCCUACCGGGGGAAGAGCAACAGCAAGGGGUAUUUUGGGGUUGUAUCUAGCCCGGGGGAGAGGCCGCUGCCGAGUCGUGGCGGGUGGGGGGGGAGGACGAGGAGUGUGGAUUUGAUUACACCUGUUGGUGGCAUUUGAUUACGCCUGUUGGUGGGGUUUCAGUCUGCCUCGUUUCUCUCCUCUACUACCCUACUCUCGCGAGUCUGGUUGGAUCAUACGUUUUGGGAAUAUUUGGAAGGAAGCAUUUGCAGGGGAUUUUAUGAUUGCCAUCAUGGGAUAGGGUGGGAUUGGGUAUAUCACAACAGCGCUUGGCAUUUUGAGAUCAUGAUAUAUGAUGGGUAUAUAUGAUAUGAAUAUGAUGCGAUGAGGGAGCUGGUAACACAGGACGGCGACGAAGUAGGAUAGCUUAAUAUAUAUAAUAAUACACC